AUGCUGGCGCCAGAGGAACUCAGCUCAACGCGUGACGAGAAUCGAACAAAUUUAAAUUAAAUCAAAUAAAUUCAAACUUAAAUUAAAUACCAUUCAAAUAAAUUAAAAAUAAAGAAAGAUAUAAAAGUUCUGUUACACGAAAAGUGUUGAAUAGCGACGCGUGGAAAAACCAGAGGAAAAAGCGCUGUGCGAAAAUGUGCCUUCGCCUGAUGAGGUCGUCAGCUAUUUUGUUGCUAUUGCAUUUCCUAAGCUGUAUAUCACAAGGCGCGGCGAUCAAAUGUUUUGUCUGCGACUCGAGCGACAAUCCCAGCUGUGCGGAUCUCAAGUCGAACUCGAGCAUUGUGCCUGAGGAAUGCACAUUGGACAAAAUGAAAUCUCUGGACACCUGGCUAUUCGAUUUGAACAAGUUCUCGUAUUUCGAUAAUGGGGCCAACAAGCAUCCGCUGAUGAAUUGCCAAAAGGUGGUGGCCACAGACCCUGAUACCAACAAGCUGGUCACGGCGCGCUUCUGUCAGCUGGACACCGGCGACUCGGAUGCGUGCGACAUAUUGCGCUCGAAGCUGCGCAUCACCAGCGACGGCAGCGGCAGCCAGCGGCAGCGACGCCGCGAGCGGGACCAACAGCAACAGCAGCAGCAGCAGCAGCAGCAGCGGCGCAAAGGAUAUGGCCAGGAUGCCGGCGAGCAGUCGCCCGAGGAGGAGUUCUUUUGUGACAUCUGCAAGACGGAUCGCUGCAAUGGGGCGGCCGCUGUGACGCUGACGUCAGCGGCGCUGCUGGCGUUGGGGCUGCUGCUGGCACGCCCACUUAGCUGCUGCUGAAGCGUUGAACGGUUUGCUGGCGGGCAGCGGGCGGCGGGCAGCGGACGGGCGGCGGUUGCAUUUAGGUUGAGUUAACGUUAACGUUUAUCGUUUACUUUGUAAAUAUUCUAGUGGCCACUGAGCGACAUUGUUGAGUUAGUAAAAGAAAAAAAAAACACGCUAUAAACCUACCCCCAAGCCCCAAGUGCCCCCAGGCCAA